AAAUACACGGUUUUUAGUAUCUACAAGGUUUUGUCAGGCCGCGUUUGGCAUGCGCUCUUCUGUUCAGCUGUUUCUAUGUGCUACCCGCCCCACUGAUGACGUCAGUGUCCAUUCCUUUGAUUAUGGGUUAAGCGUCAAUACGGAACUUUUCCGCGCCUUCCUCGGAGAAAGUUCACAAAUUGAAGACGAGUGGCGGGAGCUCUUGUCAACUGGGGGCUGUUGUCAAGAAGUUGGGACCAUUGUUAGAUAUUUUUAAUCCUCUUGGUAACGCACCGGUUGCUGAUAUUCACCCGGACAGGUUGUUGAUAUGGAUUUUAAAAGACGUAAUGGUGGCCCUCCUAUGGGUGGAGCCUCUCAGGCCAAACGAGCUAAACCAGUUGGUGACUGGGAGGACAGCCCGUCACAGUUUGAAGAGGAACUGUCCAUGUUUGAUGAAGCAGACAUGGAGGAGACGGAGGGACAGGCAGGUCAUGAUGUUAUCCCUGUGGGUGACCUUUUCUCGGCAGACCUCAACCCUCGAUGGCGGCGGCCUAAUGCUCCUACACUGAACACAUCAUCUGAUACUCUGGUGUUUCAGCAGAUUGAUCUCGACUACUAUUUAGGAGGAACAGUCGCUGGCAUGCCCGGCCAGUCGCAGGGAAAAGUCCCCAUCAUCCGGAUGUUUGGGGUGACAGACAGCGGCAACAGUGUGUGCUGUCACAUCCACGGCUUUGCACCAUACUUCUACAUUCCUGCACCAAGUGGUUUAAAGCCCGGGGACCUGGGGGAGUUCAAAAGAGAGUUGAACAACGUCGUCUUGAAGGAUAUGAGGUCCAAUAAAGACAACAUCUCUGUGACAGUGCUGGCUGUGGACGUCACUCGCAAAGAGAAUAUGUAUGGUUACCAUGGGAAACGUAUUCAAGAUUUUUUGAGAAUAACCAUGGCGAUGCCUCGGCUCAUCGCUCCGGCAAAGAGGCUGCUGGAGCAGGGCUUCAAAUUUUCUAAUUUCCCCCUACAGAGCUUCCAACCUUACGAGGCUAACAUAGACUUUGAGAUCAGGUUUAUGGUGGACUGUGAUGUGGUCGGCUGCUGCUGGAUUGAACUCCCCAAAGGAAAGUACAGAGUGCGAGAAGAGAGGAGCGUGGGGGAGACAGACUCCCAGCGCCUGGGGAAGGUGUCCUUGUGUCAGUAUGAGGUGGAUGUUGGUUGGACGGAUUUGAUUAGUCACCCUGCUGAAGGAGACUGGCAGAGGAUCGCACCGCUUCGAGUCCUCAGCUUUGACAUCGAGUGUGCGGGAAGAAAAGGAAUCUUCCCAGAAGCUGACAAAGACCCCGUGAUUCAGAUCGCGUCCAUGGUGCAGCGACAGGGCGAGACGGAGCCGUUCAUUCGCACCGUGUUCACCCUUCAGUCGUGCGCCAGCAUCGUGGGCUCUCAGAUUCUGUGUUUUACGCAGGAGAAACAGAUGCUGCAGAGCUGGGCCGAGUUUUUGAGGACGGUGGAUCCAGAUAUCAUCACCGGGUACAACAUCCAAAACUUUGACUUCCCUUAUUUGCUCAACAGGGCGGCUGCUUUAAAGGUAAAUUACUUUCCGUACCUCGGCCGCGUGCGAGGCAUCAAGUCAGUCUUGAAGGACUCAAACUUCCAGAGCAAGCAGAUGGGCCGCAGAGAGAAUAAGACCACCAACAUUGAGGGCCGUGUUCAAUUUGAUCUACUACAGGUUCUUCUCAGGGACUAUAAGCUGCGCUCGUACACACUGAACGCUGUGAGUUUCCACUUCCUGCAAGAGCAGAAGGAGGAUGUGCAGCACUCCAUUAUCACAGAUCUGCAGAAUGGUAACGAACAAACCCGUCGUCGUUUGGCCGUCUACUGCCUGAAAGACGCCUACCUCCCGCUGCGCCUGCUGCAGAAGCUGAUGUGCGUGAUUAACUACAUGGAGAUGGCCAGAGUGACGGGUGUGCCCCUCACCUACCUGCUCUCAAGAGGACAGCAGAUCAAAGUCGUCUCACAGCUGCUGCGACAGGCCAUGAAGCAGGACCUGGUCAUGCCUGUAGUAAAGACAGAAGGAGGAGAAGACUACACCGGAGCGACUGUCAUUGAGCCAGAAAAAGGGUAUUACAGUGUUCCCAUUGCCACCCUGGAUUUCUCCUCCCUGUAUCCCUCCAUCAUGAUGGCUCACAAUCUGUGCUACACCACCCUGCUGCAGAAAGGCUCAACAGAGAAAUUCGGCCUCUCACCUGAGGACUUCAUCAAGACUCCCACAAGUGACAUGUUUGUGAAGAGCUCUGUGAGGAAAGGACUUCUCCCUGAGAUCCUGGAGAACCUGCUGUCUGCCAGAAAGAGGGCUAAAAUGGAGCUGAAGAAGGAAACAGAUCCGUUCAAGAGGCAGGUGCUGGACGGCCGACAGCUGGCUCUCAAAAUCAGCGCAAACUCCGUCUACGGCUUCACUGGAGCUCAGGUGGGCAAGCUGCCCUGCCUGGAGAUCUCACAGAGCGUCACUGGUUUUGGGAGGCAGAUGAUCGAGAAAACCAAACAGUUAGUGGAGUCCAAAUACACGGUGUCCAAUGGUUACCCAGGUGAUGCAAAGGUCAUUUACGGGGACACAGACUCCGUCAUGGUUAAGCUUGGAGUCGGCACAGUGAGGGAGGCCAUGGAUGUCGGGAAGGAGGCAGCAGAGUGGGUGUCGUCGCACUUCACCCCCCCCAUCAAACUGGAGUUUGAGAAGGUGUACUACCCGUACCUGCUGAUCAACAAGAAGCGCUACGCAGGCCUGUAUUUCUCCUCCAGUGCAGACACUCAUGAGAAGAUGGACUGCAAAGGUAUUGAGACCGUCCGCAGAGACAACUGCCCCCUAGUGGCCAACCUGAUCAAUACCUGUCUGCAGAAAAUCCUCAUAGACAGAGAUCCUCAGGGUGCUGUGGAUCAUGCUAAAGAAGUGAUCUCGGACUUGUUGUGCAACCGUAUCGACAUCAGCCAACUGGUCAUCACCAAGGAGCUGACUCGCACGGCGCAGGAGUAUGCUGGGAAACAGGCGCACGUGGAGCUUGCUGAGAGAAUGAGGAAGAGAGACGCUGGCAGCGCCCCUAACCUGGGAGACCGAGUUCCCUACGUCAUCAUUAAGGCUGCAAAGGGAGUCGCGGCUUACAUGAAGUCAGAGGACCCGAUCUAUGUGCUGGAGAACACCAUUCCCAUUGACACACAAUACUACCUGGAGCAGCAGCUGUCCAAACCACUGAUGAGGAUAUUUGAGCCCAUCCUCGGAGAGAGCAAGGCCGAGAGCGUCCUGCUCAAGGGCGACCACACGCGCUGUAAGACCGUGCUGACCUCAAAGAUCGGGGGCCUCAUGGCAUUUGCUCAGAAGAGGAGCACCUGUAUCGGUUGCAAAGCUGUGCUCAAGACGGACGCUGCUGUGUGUGAUUUCUGUAAGAAGAGGGAGUCUGAGCUCUACCAAAAGGAGAUCUUUCACCUGAACGCCCUGGAGGAGCGUUUCUCUCGCCUGUGGACUCAGUGUCAGCGCUGUCAAGGCUCCCUCCACGAGGAUGUGCUCUGUACUAGCCGGGACUGUCCCAUCUUCUACAUGAGGAAGAAGGUGCAGAAAGAUCUGGACGACCACAGCAAGCUGGUGUCUCGCUUUGGAUGGUGAGAGGAACAAACUCAACAGCCUCUCACUCUAGUGUAUUUUCUAUGCCUUUUGGUGCCUGUAUAAAUAUCUGUAUAUCACACUAUUUCUAUGUUUUCUAAUGAAUAAAAAGAUGUUUAGUAGUUUUUGUAAAAUAAACUCC